AUGACAAUUAAAGAGAUGGUUGAUGAGGAGGGAGCUCCUAAAGUAGUUGAGGGUGAUGACCAAAAGAAAAAUGAACUGCAAUGUGACCUCUUGUCUCCAUUGAAAAUCCCUCCUACAUUCCCACAAAAACUUAAGAAAAAAAAGGAGAAUGUCAAACUCAAGAAGCCCAUCACUAAGCUUAGGAAUCUUUCAAUCAAUACCCUAUUGCUAGAAGCUAUUCAAGAAAUUAUGGGACAUGAUAAGCUAAUAAAGAAAUUGAUGUCCAAGAAGCACCUUGUAGAUGGUGAGACCAUUGAAGUAAACCAUGGUUGUAGACCUAUCAUGAUUAGUGCUAUGGCAGAAAAGAAUGAUGGGCUAGGGGAAUUUACAUUCCCUUGCACCAUUGGGACACACAAAUUUGAGAAAGCAUUGUGUGACCUUGGUGCAAGCAUAAAUUUGAUACCAUAUGCAAUAUAUAAAAGGUUUUGUUUGGGUACCUCUACUCCCACAAUCAUGAGGCUCUUCAUGGAAGAUCACUCUAUUAAAAGACCUUUUAGAGUCUUGUUUGAUGUUGUGGUUAAGGUCGAUGGUUUCAUUCUUCCGACAGACUUUGUUGUACUUGAUUGUGAAAUCUACCAAGAUCUAACUAUUAAUCUUGAGAGACCCUUCCUAGCAUCAUGGAGCAAGGGAGAUGAAAUUCCAAGUGCCAAAUGA